GGACAUUAUUGCUUUGCCUUGCCUUCAUCUUCCACUGCUAUCUAAACCCACAACUCUACACUGUGUUACAGAGACCGGCUGCCCGUCCGUCUACUUUUACCCGCUCCGGCAACUCUCAAGUAAUAACUGCGGCGGAAUUAAUCCAUCCCCGACUCAAAAAACCCUAACAGUCGCCAUGUCCGUCCUGUUGAGGAGCUUGGAUUUUUUCGCUCGGUAUUCGGUUAUUUUUCCAUUUUACAAUCAACAGUGUCAUCUGUUUUUGAACUCGCGGUAGGAUUUUAACUACAGGUGAGAUUAGAAAUCGCGAAUCAAUCACUUUGGGGGAAAAGUAGGGUUUAUGUGCCGAGAAUUCCAUACAUUGUCUAAGAAGAUAAUGAAGCGGGGACGACGAAGGGAGAUGCUUGAGAGGUUAGAAUUUGCAGAUAGGGAUUAUAAAUCCUACUUAGAGAUCAAAUAUCACAUUUACGGAGGAGGCGGAUGCGGCGGCACCAUUGAAAGGGGAGAAAGUCCUUUAGGUAAGGACGACGAAGAUUGUGACCCUCAUUAUGCAAUGUUUUUAAAGCACACUAAGCAAAAAGGGAACAACGCGUAUGUCACUACACUUGAAGAUGAUGGAUUGCUCACUUUCAUACACUAUGAAAGGGAUGGGAGUUCUAGCGAUGAGGAGGGGAGCUAUAAUCAUGGGAGUGAAGUGAAGAGCCCGAGGAAUGGGAAGUGUGAUUCAGAAGGUUCCAGGCUUGAGGAAAACAUGAUCGACGGAGAUUACAAGCGCUAUUUGGAAGUCAGAUAUGGGAAGGACCAAGAAGGUUGUGUUGGAAGGGAAGAUACUCCUGUGACUACUCUCGAAGAUUGUGGAGUGCGAUUGUCCAUACACGAUGAAAAGGAGGAAAGUUGUAGGGAUGAGAAGAAUGAUGAUUGCACGAUUAUAUUGACGAAGGAUAGGAAAGGGGAUGAAAGAGAAGGGAAUGAUUCUGAGAAUGUUAAGGGAAAAAGAACAAAUUCUGGUCUACCAAUGGUUGAGGAGGACGAAAUUUUUGAACCAUUUACUCCCCUUCCUACUGGGGAAAGACCAAAAGUUUCUAGGACUUGUGCGGGGAAUCCCAAUCCACCAAACGUGGAGAGGGCUGAACCGUUUACUCCCCUUUCGAUAGGGAAAAGAGCCAUGUUUCCAGAAUUACAGAAGUGUAAUGCAAAGAGUAAGUCAAACAAAAAGCAGAGAAGUUCAUGGUCCAAAGUCGAGGAAAGAUAUGUAGAUCAAGAUUAUGCUAUUCUCAUGCGAGCCGUGAAUAUACAUCGUGAAAAAUAUGACUCAAAAACUGAAUCUCAAAAUAAGCAGGAUGUGGAAUAUGACCAUGAUGAUUCUGAAGAUGAUGUUGUUGAAAUAAAUUAUGACACAUUUUGCAAUGGAGAAAGAUCUCAGUCAUUUUCCCCUCAAGUGCAUUAUUGCGAGGUAGACCUGACAUGUGAACCUGUUUACAAAGGGGAAUGCCCUCAAUUUAGGCAGAUGGUCAUCAGUGAACUCAAGAAACCUUUUGACCAAGAAGAAUAUGAAAAGUUGUUGCAGGAUGUCAAGGAAAAAAAACCAGUGGAAAAAAAUUUGGAGUUGAGGCAUGGCAGAGAUAGAACUUGCCCAUCAAGUAGAGUAGGAAAAUCUUAUCUUGAGUACCAUGAAGAUUUUAAGAAAAAACUCGAGCAAGCGGGUCCUAACAAAUAUGAAAAGUUGAACAUCUUGCGCGGGUUUUUCUUCUGGCUACAGUAUGCCCCUAAUGCAGGAGCGUUCAAGCCUUGGAAUGAUCCCACAUGUCUUGCUGUCAUGCCUGGUUAACACUUCAAAAUGCUUUAUCUACUUCCCAAGAUGCCCUUUUUCCCUUCCCUUUUUGUAUUGAAAAAACAUGACCCGGCCAGGGCUAUUAGUAAAUUU